UGAUUGUCACACGGAGCGCAAAGACCAGCAGAGACAGGGAGCGACCCGCAGCCAGUGCACUCCCUGCCGCCUUCAUUCCGCGCACAGACAGACACACGCAGCAGCGGCACGGCUACGGCUCUGAACUGCGCACGUCUCGUCUGAGCGAAAACACGCAAACACCUGGAGGAGGACAGAGAAAGCCCACUUUGCGCUGCCACGCUGUCUUCUUUUUAAUUAUCUUUUUUUUUUUUUUAACGCGAGCGGAGAAAGUGCCGCGUUUCGUGGGGGAAAAAAGUUGAAAAGCAGUCAGAGGGAAAGUGUUGAAGCCGAAACAAGCCGCGCUUUUUUGGAACUUCAUAGCGAACCACCGGCAGGGAGGUGAAUGGAUCUCCACCGCCCCUUCAAGAUGGACAGCCCCUCAUAUCUCCCAACUCCCCUGGCCUCCCCGGCCCUGAUGGUCCUGGCCUCCACAGCAGAGGCCGGCAGAGACGCCUCCGUCCCCUGCCAGGCGCCCAGACCUUUUGGGGUCCCGGUGUCUGUGGAAAAGGACCUCCACCUCUCCUUUCCUUCGCCCUCCUACACCUUCACCUCCAUGUACCAGCGUCAGGCUCCCAUGUCGGGCACCUUCCCAUCCCGGGACUUCCCGGCGUCCCUGCUCCACCUGCACCAUCAGUUCACACCUCCAAACCUGGACUGCUCCACCCUGGGCAUGCUCAACCACAGCGGGCUGGGGGCUUUCCGGCCUUUCGCCUCCCCGCAAGAAGAGAGGGAAUCCGGGGGCUACCAGUCGGCCUUCACCCCGGCAAAGAGGCUAAAGGGCUGCUUCCCGGAAGUGGAGGGGAAGGAGUUUGACUUUGGGCCCCUGAAAGCUGGGGAAGAGACGGGCAGGAAGUUGUUCUCCAUGUCUGGCCUGCUGUCUGACGGUGAGGCUUCAUCGAGCCCGGAGGAGCGCAAAGAGCACAGUAAGGUGAAGGGUCACUACGACACUCAGGCCCCGGUGUGUCCGGUCUGCCACGCCGUGCUGCGACCAGGAGAGCUGCAGGAUCACAUGGAGCAGGAGUUGUCCAAACUGGCCCAGCUACAGAUCAGCCCCGCUGCACUGCAGCACGACCAUCUAAUAAGGACACCGAAGUCUUUGACCCUCUCUCUGCACAUCAAGCGUGAAGGAGGCUCUCCCACUUCACCCUCUCGGCCAUUUGAGGAACCUCACUCAGACCGAUACCAGACGUUUCUCAGAGUGCGAGCCAACAGACACACAAGACUAAAUGUCGACGACCUCUGCUGGUGCAGGUGCUACGUCAAAUCCAACCCAUUGCGCCCACACAGCGCAGGAGCCCACCCAGACUGCACACAAGCUGUCAGAAUCGGGAAGCUGAAGAGGCGAAAACCCGAGGAAGGACAGGAGGGAUCAGCAGACGUGGCGCCGGUGGAGGACGAGUGGAAUGAGAGGAGAAGGACGCAGAUGACGGCUACGGGGUUUAAAGGUGCGACGGCGGUGAGCACGACUUCGAAGGAGUGUCGGGAGAGCGACGCAGACCUGGACGUCGAUGGAGACGACACCCUGGAGUACGGCAGAGCACAAUACAGUGAGGUGGAUGUAAUCCCCUGCUCAGGAGAAAGCUCCCAAGAGCAACCAGCAAACAGCGGCACGUUGCCUGAUUCCAGACUGAAGCUUGACUUUCCCAAAUGGUCGAAUGAUGGGAGUCCUUCCACAAGCAGUGGAGAGAAGCAGGACGCCAGUGUAGCCGGUCUCUCCAGAACCUGCAGGAACGCAGAGAUUGAGCCGCUUUCAGAGGACUCCACGCCGACAACCCUGGACGCGCUUAAAGCUCGGAUCCGUGAUUUGGAGAAACAGCUGUCCAAAGGAGACAGAUUUAAAUGCCUCAUCUGCAUGGACGCAUACACAACACCGCUCACCUCCAUCCAGUGCUGGCAUGUCCACUGUGAGGAGUGCUGGCUGCGGACGUUGGGAGCAAAGAAGCUGUGUCCUCAGUGCAAUACCAUCACGUCCCCUGGAGACCUGAGGCGGGUGUACCUGUAGCUCACACUCAGAAGAGAGGGGGGGGGG